UAUAUUCCCUGCACUCAAACGAUUGAGAGAGAGAGAGAGAGAGAGAGAGAGCUCUUUCAGACGGAAAGGAAAGAAGGAAGCAGCAGCGGAAGAGGAGGGAAGAAGAAGACGACGAGGAGUUCUCUCCCUUUCCUUACCGGAAACCUCAUCUCCCCCCAACCCCAACCACCUCCAUAACCUCCGUCUCUCUCUCUCUUAUUGGCGAUCGUACAGCUGUCGUCUUCUCUCUCUUCCGCCGGUAUCAGGUCGUUUCUCGCCUGUUCAUGGUCGUAGUGGUGAUCGCUGCUGUUCAUUUAAGGCUCCAGGACGCGUAGAACAAAGUUGAUUCGAGCUCAAAUAGUUUUUCGAAUUAUUGUUUUUGUCACUCGAAACCGCUGGAGGAGGCGAUUCCGAUUCUGUUGAAGUGCUGUUUGUUCGGGCUUCGCUUAAUUAAAUUGGAAAGUGAUACCUCGCCAGAGUUCGUUACGGCCGCUUGAGUAAUCAAUGAGAUCUCACUGAAGAAGGAGUUGACCUGUGGCCUGAGUCUAUCCAUUUAUUGCUUCAUAUUUAGAUAUGCCCGACUCGAGAGAAGAUAUAAGAAAGCAAGAUACGAAUCUUGAGAAUCAUGCAAGGGACGAUACUGAAUAUUCUCGGCUGGUUAUAUCCAACGAACGUGGUACCGCUGGAGCUGACGUUUCACAACGUCAAGGAGGAGUGAGGAAUAAAUCUUUCAUCUGGUGGAUCAAAGCCAUAACAUUGUUCAUUGUAGCUACUAUACUGGUUCUCGUUUUGUUGAAAUGGGGAGUACCCUUUGUAUUUGAGAAGGUGCUCAUCCCAAUUAUGCAAUGGGAAGCCACCGCUUUCGGCCGUCCAGUCCUUGCCCUAGUGCUAGUCGCCUCUCUAGCCUUGUUUCCUGUGUUUCUAAUCCCAUCAGGUCCUUCCAUGUGGUUAGCUGGAAUGAUUUUCGGUUAUGGUCUGGGGUUUGUCAUUAUAAUGGUUGGAACCACCAUAGGAAUGGUCCUACCAUACGUGAUUGGACUUCUAUUCCGUGAUCGUAUCCAUCAAUGGUUGAAAAGAUGGCCUCAGAAAGCUGCUAUGCUUAGGCUUGCAGGGGAGGGAAGCUGGUUCCAUCAAUUUCGAGUAGUGGCACUCUUUAGGGUAUCACCUUUUCCGUACACGAUAUUCAACUAUGCAAUAGUCGUAACAAGUCUUCGUUUCUGGCCGUACUUGUGGGGUUCUAUUGCUGGAAUGGUGCCGGAAGCUUUCAUUUACAUCUACAGUGGUCGGUUAAUAAGGACACUGGCAGAUGUGCAAUAUGGGAAUUACCACUUGACUACAGUCGAGAUUGUGUACAAUAUCAUCUCCUUGGUGAUAGCCGUUGUCACAACAGUAGCCUUCACAAUUUAUGCAAAGAGAGCAUUGAAUGAACUCGAGAUGAAUGAAGCAAACAAUAAAGCCUGUCAAUCGGACGAUGUCACCUUUGAGCUGGGGAAGAUUCGUGUAGAUGUACCCAGGCAUCCGAAUCCCUCAUCACAAGCUUCUUCAUGACAUUGGUUUGUCAGGUAGCUCGUAGACUAACACCUGUAAAUAAUUUGAAUAUACACAGAGAGAUCUCUUGAUGUUUAUAUGUAUCCCUUUCUCUUCCUCUUAUUUUGGCCUUCGUUAUUUUUCUGAAUCCUCUCUCUUUCAAUUGUGGUACUUUCUGCAUCUGUGAUACGGAAAAGAGCAUUUGUGAUUGUUCGA